AGAAAUAGAAAUCAUUCGUUUGGAUUCGAGUAAUCACAUCCAACAUGAAUAUUACUGAUAAGAAAUGAUGAGGCAAUAAUUAAAAUCUGAGAACUUACUGCGAUGACUUCGAACCAAUCAUUUUCAUUUGAAUAUAAAAGCAAUAAUGAAUGCAACUGAAGCUUUUGAAGAGAAAACUUUUUAUUCAGAAAAAGCUCGUUUAUGUAACAGUUUAUCUGAUGGUGAUGAUACCUCCGCAAUACCGCCGCAUUCGCGUAACUCUAUAUUGAACAAUUGUGUUAAAAUCUUCCCAUCAAAAGCAGAGCUGUCUGUAAUAAACAACUCAAUACAAUGUACAGAAGAAAAAUGCCAAGAAAUAUUCACAUCUUAUUCGAAUUUAAAUUUGCAUUUGUAUAAAACCCACAAUAGGAAAGAUGCGAUUCAGUUUGAUUCAAAAAUCAAACAAUUUCAUUGUCCAGAAAUUCAAUGUAUUUAUCAUCAGGCUGAAUGGUUCAAGAGCAAAAAACUGUUGAAGCAACACUAUUUGAAAGUACACUCACCUAAAACAUAUAUUUGUGGUGAAUGUCAAGAAGGAUUUCCAACAGAAGCUUAUAAAAAGAUGCAUAUGGAUUAUUGUGGUAUUAAGUUCAAGUGUUGUGAGUGUUCAAUGAAUUACCCUAAAUAUGAAUCUUUAUUAACCCAUUCAAGAAGAAAGGGACAUAAAAUUAAUGAAAAAAUUUACUAUAAAUUGAAAAAAUUGAAUACUAUACUUAUAAUAAGUGGUUCUAAGAGUGAUAGUAAUUUACCGAAUAAAACAAAAUCAAUAUUACCUAAACUCAAAGCAAAUGUGGAAUCAUUUACUGAUCUGAAAUUUAUCAUUAAAAAAAGUGAUCAAAGUAUACAAACUGAUCAUGUUUUACCAAAACUAAAAAGUAAAAUCACUCAGAUAAAUCGCAAUUCAUUUUUUAUGAAUAGAGAUACCCAACAAACACAAACUGGUUUAUGUAAAGUACAGUCCAGCAUUGAAACACAAACUAUUGGAGAUUACUUCAAAAGAAAAAAGAUGGAACAUGGUGAAAAAAAAUUAGUAACAGCUCAAUCAUCUACCCAAACAAGGCUGAUACCUUCAAAAUCUGUUGCAUCAAAUACAUUGCUUCCUGUCAAUGACUUAGGACUAACCACUUCAAAAGUUAAAAGAAAUUCAUCAAGUACUCAAACUUUUGAAAGAUCCCCAAAUGACGAUUUUUCCUCUACAACUAAUACACAUGAUACAAUAGAUACAGAUACGUCAGAUCUAAUUGAAAGUAAUCUGGAAACUUUUGAUUCUAAUUUUUUCAACUGCAAUAUGGAAACUCAAACAGACCUGAUAUUCAACGAAGAUUUAUUUGUUUAUGGAGAUUACUACAGUAAUAUGUAUACACAAACCUGCGAAGAUCUUUUCUUGAACAGUUUAGAAUUUAAUAAUAUUGAAACCCAAACUGUAGAUGAUAUGUUGAAGUCAGUUGAAAUUCAAACAAUAUCUCAAAAAAAAUCUCAAAUUACCUGCCGAGAUAGAAGCCAUAUGGAAACACAGACAGAUAUGGAGUUCAAAGAUAUGUUAGAACACAUAAACGCCUGAGUCAAUUUUUACGUUUGUAAUUGUUUUGUGAAUUUGCAUUAAUAUCGUUUAUGCCUAGUCAUUUUGAAUAAAUUAAUCUAUUUC